AAAUUGUAGUUUAGCCCUCCAAAAAAAUGCACUGAAAUAGCUAAACCCUAAACCCCAAUUUUCUUUCUUCAACGCCUCCACACCAUCGGCUCACUGCCGCUCCACUCCACCUUCAGAUCGCUCCAUUUUUUCUCUCUUUCUUUCACCUUCACUCGAUUUUUUCCCCAUCAAAGUUCCGUUCAAGACUCAGUUUCUAAGAUUAAGUGAGAAAAAAGGUCUACUUUUCUCAGUCAAGCAUGGCAGAACCUAAUUCUUUCAGUUUAACAAGGUCCUUCCCAGUCAAACCAAAGCUUAAAUCUAAGCCUAGGACACCCAAACAAACUCCAGAAUCAAAAUAUUGGUCCUCCUUCAAACGUCACGAGAUCCCCAACCUUGUUUCAUCUAUAUCUUCCAUCGCUUUCUCUCCCACCAAUCCUUCUAUUUUCUGUGCUACUCACUCUGCCUCUCUCACUCUCUUUAGCACGCAAACCAUGGCCCCUACCUCUACCAUUUCAUCUUUUCGAGAUGUUGUAUCUUGUGCUUCCUUUCGUUGUGAUGGUCUCCUCAUUGCUGCUUCAGACCUUUCAGGGCUUGUCCAAGUUUUUGAUGUUAAAACUCGAACCCCACUUCGAAAGCUUCGUUCCCACUCACGUCCAGUUCAAUUUGUCCAGUACCCCGUUCUUGAUAAGCUCCACUUGGUAUCUGGUGGGGAUGAUGCAGUCGUUAAGUACUGGGAUGUGGCAAGUCAGACUCCAAUUUCAGAUUUUUUGGGCCAUAAAGACUAUGUGAGAUGUGGAGCCUGCUCCCCAGCUAGCAUGGACAUGUUUAUCACUGGCUCUUAUGAUCAUACUGUGAAGCUUUGGGAUGCAAGAACAAAUUCUAAGUCGGUUUUGGAAGUGAAUCAUGGGAAACCGGUAGAGGAUGUGAUUUUCUUACCAUCAGGUGGACUAGUUGCAACUGCUGGAGGUAAUUCUGUGAAAAUUUGGGAUGUGAUUGGAGGUGGGAAGAUGGUUUGCUCUAUGGAAAGUCAUAACAAGACUGUUACUUCACUAUGUGUUGGGAAAAAGCUGGGCCAGGAUAGUGGAGAAGAGUCGGAUCAAUUUAGAAUCUUGAGUGUAGCAUUGGAUGGGUAUAUGAAAGUUUUUGAUUAUUCAAAAAUGAAAGUUACUCAUUCAAUGAGAUUCCCGACACCUCUUAUGUCAGUUGGGUUUUCUCCUGAUUGUAGUACUAGAGUUAUAGGGACUUCAAAUGGGAUCUUAUAUGCUGGCAAGAGGAAGACUAAGGAAAGUACGACGACAAAUUUAUCAAACCCUUGGAGCCUUGGAACAGUUGGGGAACCUCAAAAGCGAGUUUUGAGGCCUUCUCACUUCCGAUACUUCCAUCGAGGUCAAGGGGAGAAGCCAACUGAAGGAGAUUACCUAGUUAUGAAGCCCAAGAAGGUGAAGUUGACUGAGCACGAUAAACUCUUGAAGAAGUUCAGGCACAAGGAUGCUCUAGUAUCCGUGUUAGCGAGUAGGAACCCUGAGAAUGUGGUGGCUGUAAUGGAGGAAUUAAUUGCAAGAAAGAAGCUGUUGAAAUGCGUUCCAAAUUUGGAUCGGGAGGAGCUUGGUUUGCUAUUAGGUUUUUUACAAAAACACUCCACAUUGCCAAGAUAUUCAAGUUUGUUGAUGGGAUUGACUAGAAAGGUUCUCGAGCUACGAAGUGAAGAUGUUAAAGCCUAUGGUGCCUUAAAAGAUCAUGUUAGAAACUUAAAGCGAUCUGUAGACGAAGAGAUUCGGAUACAACAGUCAUUGUUGGAGAUACAAGGUAUUAUAUCACCUUUACUAAGAAUUGCUGGAAGAUGAUGGGAACAAGUUUUCCAGUUAAAUGUUUGUAAGGUAGACCUUUCAGUGUUUCUUUUCUUUUUUCAAUUAAUAUUAGAAGAGCAAGGCUCCAAUUUUGUGUUUGUUGUGUUUAAAAUCUAAUCAUAAAUAGAUUGUGUAUUAUCUUUUGUUUGAA